AUGGAUGCAAACUUUAAAUGUUUAUGUAAAGGCGGUAGAAUUGUAGAUGUUUCGGUAACACAUUUAAAUGCAAACGAAUACACCGAUUUUAACAAAUUCAAAUACAAUAUUGGUUACCAUGCUGUGGAGAUAUCAAAACUACAUAACAAAUUAUUUAGAAUGCUAUUAAAAGAAUUAUAUGAUGGUUUUUCAAAUCAGAGUUUAGAACUUAUACCAAUUAAAGAAAUUUCAGUUAAUAAUAUCAAAGAAGCAAUCGAAUUUAUGAACGAGAGAAAACUUAUUGGUAAAAUCUCAGUUAAAAUGGAUAGUGAUGUUUUAACUCCUCUUUUAGAAAAUAAUAAUCAAGACUACAACUGUUUAAAACCAGAUUAUAAAAUCAACCAUGAAAGUUUAGGUAAAACUGUUUUAGUGACUGGUCAAACAGGUCUUAUCUUAGAAAUAUUAAAAUGGAUUUCAAAAUGCUCAACAUCUGUCGAUACUAUAAUUAUUUUAUCAAAAUCAAAGAAAAGAUGGGAAAUUGAAAAACUCAUUAAUGGUUCAGAGAAUAAUAUCAAAUAUAUAUUUAAGAGUUGUGAUAUUGGCGAAUAUGAGUCAAUCAGUCAAUCAAUUAAAGAAAUUUAUUUAGAAAAUAAAGAUAUUGGUCAAGUGGAAUCUAUUUUCCAUUUCGCUUUUCAAUAUGUUAAUCACGAACCAUUAGAAGUCAGUAAAAACGAUUUAUAUGCAUCAUUAAGCGCAAAAUCGUUUGGAGCAAUGAAUCUACACAACUUAUCAUUAGAAAACCAAUGGGAUUUAAAACAAUUUAUAUUAGCUUCCUCAGUUACUGCAAUUUUUGGAUCACCAAUUCAAGUUGGAUAUACAAGUUCAAAUUACUUUUUAGAUGCACUUGCAAGACACAGAAGAUCAUUAGGUUUACCAGCAAUUUCAACAUUUUGGGGUCUUUUUGAAACUGCAGGUUUUAUUUCAAAACAACGUUCAAUUGCAAGAUUUAUCGAAAACUUGGGAUUUUCACCAAUUACUGUAAAUCUAUUAUUAGGAUCUCUAGAUCUUUUUAUUCAAAAUCAAGAAAUCUCCAACAGUCUUUCUGUAAACAUUUUCAAUGACUCUAUCGAUAGUUACGCAAACAAACCAGCCAACAGCAAAAUUGAUUUUAUUUCUAAUGCAAUUCAAUCUAAAAACAAACAACUAUCUGGUGAAGACUCAGGAGCAAUUCAAAAAGUAAUUGAUAAAAUUUCAGAACUCUUAACAAUUGAAGCAUCAAAAAUCAAUCAUGAU